AAAUACAGCAUACACUGGCUGCUGGUUUGUGAGAAUGAAGACUUCCCGGCUUCGUACGAAUUGACCCAGUUAGAAGCUAGGAUAACAACUCCCUCCUGGCUUCUGUCGUUCUCUGUCCACUCGCCCGUUUCUCGCACGAAGUCCCCAUCUAUUCCAAGCAUCAUCCAAUUUUCUUCUCUAACCUACUCGAGUCUCAUACUAUUUAUUCCUUAAUGAAGUCAUUCUUUUGUCGGUCGUGCUAUGCACGACUUGGACGCUGGCUUAUUAUCAGUCAGCUGGUGCUGCUUUUUCUCUCAAAAGCUAACCAUACGUCCGCAAACGGGGUCUUCCGUGACCUUGACAUCGCCGCUGGUGUCGGUGAUGGACUUAAAGGUGCUGAUCUCGACAAAGGAAAAAUCGACAGAGUUCCACAAGAAAAGAAUCCGCUGUUGGAAUCGGCUGCCGAUACGAAAGCUCCUCACACGCCUCCUGUUGCUUCACCCAAGAUUGAAGUCGCUCCUCACGCUCAAGCCACCGAGCCUGAGAAGAAAAAGAAGGGUUUCUGGUCUAUGCUAGUCAGGUUUUGGAAAUGGAUGACAAGGAGUCGCAAGCCCGAACACCCCUUGGGUAAAAUAUUCGUUGCUUCGGAACCAAAAAAACCUUGGCCGUCCAGAUUUUGGACAUGGUUUACAGAGGAUAGAACCUAUCGCGAUAAACCUGGCUUCACUCUUCCAAGCAUGACUGAGCUAAGAGAACCGUUCAAGGGUCCUUGGGAUAGAUGGACCAACAUGAAAUACAAUCCAAGGACUCCGACGAACACGGGAGAACGACUUCUGGUUUCUAUGCGAGUUCUUGGUGAUAAACUGAGACGGGAUCCCCAAGAAACCCGAGAGUUUUGGGAAGAUGAGCUUGUCAAGGCCGGUGCUUCCCCAUUGCGCCGAAAAAUACUCUCUACCGAUCUGUUUUUCGAGCUGGUUACAAACUUAAGCAUACAAGAAGAGCUAGGGGAAUUAUAUCAGAAGGCGAUUAUGGAAAUUGGUGAAGAAGGUAAUAGAAUGUACAAAGGACACGCAUAUUUCAAGGAAGAACUCAGGAGAAUAAUGAAAAAUUACUUGCCACCAAGACCUGGGAAACCGGCUGGGACGCACAGGAACCUUCAGGAACUCUUGCCGCCAAGAACUGGGAGGCCGGUUGGGACACACUGGGACCCUGAUUUUUACCGAAAACCGCUUUCCCCACUACUACUGUUGAUUGAAAGGCCAGAAUUGUCCGACAUGGCAAAACAUGCCCCCACGUACCGUGAGGCCGUCAAUCUACAUGAGAAGUUAAAGGAGACCGUGGCUGCUAUCAAAGACUACGUCAGCGAAUCGGACAAGCUCGUCAUCACUCAUGAAAACUAUGAAGACGACGUCAUGAAUUACUUCAGACAUCUGGACCGGGUCAAAGACCGCACCUUUAUGACAGAUAUUAUUAGAACUGGUUUGACAGAUGAAGAACUGCAGGCAAUCAAGACCAAAGCUUUGUCAGCCUUAAACCCAAAAAGACGCGAUGGAUAAGCUUGAAGGGUUCAGAUAUAGGAUAAAAUGAAUCCUACGUUGAAGCAGCAUUUUUGCUUUCCUCCGGCUUGGUUUUCAACAUUGAAAUGGUUCACUUUGAAUUUCCCUUCUCAAAGCAAAUCCUCAAUCACUUUCAUAUUUCAGUUUCUUAUCAAGUAACUAAGAUCAACCUUAUAUGUUAUAAUAUCCAUACCAUCACUCACUCUUGGUUUACCAGUUUGGAAGUAAAAACAUUUUCUCCUUCCUGUUUUCAACUCUCUUUUCAUUGUCUAUUAUGUUAUUUUCUGGUUCACAUCAAAACAAAAAGAUUUUUUGCAUUAUAAUUUACUCCAAUUAUAAGAUCUUGCAUGAGUAAAAGCUGCCCAUCACAGGAAUUCAACUUUCUAGGGGUUAUUAUCCCAUUCAAGGUUUA